AUGAAGAUCGAUCAUAAGAGGAGAUUCUCUGUGAAUGAGCCGAAGCAAGAGGCAGUAAAAAAGGUAAAGUCUCAGGAACCAGACUAUGCCUACCUUGAGACAGUGGUAAGAGAAAAGAUAGAUUUCGAUUCUGAGAAAAUUUGUUGUAUUACGCUAUCCCCAUUGAACGUAUACUGCUGUCUCGUAUGUGGGCACUACUAUCAGGGAAGGCACGAAAAGAGCCCCGCUUUCAUUCACUCCAUCAACGAAAACCAUCAUGUCUUCUUGAAUUUGACGAAUUUGAAGUUUUACAUUUUACCACAGAAUAUCCAAAUUUUAAACGAUAAUAAGAUCCAAUUAUUGAAUGGUAUCAAGUACGCACUUUAUCCAACCUAUUGUACCAAGGACUUACAAAGUUUUCCCAAGCAAUGCUUCGAUUUGAGCAAUCGCGCAUAUUUGAACGGGUUUAUAGGAUUUACCAAUUCGGCGGCAUAUGAUUAUGCACACACUGUUUUGCUUUUAAUAUCACACAUAGCUCCAUUACGUGAUUGUUUCCUAUUGAAUCAUUUUGAUAAUGAAGGUGAAUUUAUCAAAAGGUUAUCCAUAUGUAUCAAGAAAAUUUGGUCACCUAAACUUUUUAAACACCAUCUCUCCGUUAAUGAUUUCGUAACCUAUCUGAAAGUCAAGGAAGGGCUGGAUUUGAGGUUCAUAGAUCCGCGAUUUUUCCUUUUAUGGUUAUUAAAUAAAAUAUGCUCGUCCUCGAAGCAAUUAAAAUCUAUUUUAAACCAAUCUUGUAAAGGUAAAGUGAAAAUCACGAAAAUUGAAAAUGAAACUGAGGAAAAUGGACCUAUUAUAAGCAAAGUCAAUGUCAAACCCUUUUGGGUUUUGACUUUAGAUUUGCCAGAGUUUUCGCCGUUCAAGGAUGGUAAUACAGUUGAAAAUCUCCCACAAGUAAAUAUUAUCCAACUAUUAACUAAAUUCUCUAAUAGACAAACAUAUUACGCCGACACUCUUUUUGAACUAACACGCCUACCCCAAUUUUUAAUAUUCCACUUUAAUAGAUUUGACCGUAGUAGUGAACAUCCUGUCAAAAAUAGGAACCAAACAAUAGUGGAAUUUUCCAGUGAACUUGAGCUUUUGCAUGCCAAGUACCGUUUAAAGACAAACGUAGUCCAUGUGGUCAUCAAAGCAUCAUCUACAGAUGGGAACGCCUUUAAUGGUGAUGAAAGGAGUCACUGGAUUACUCAGCUUUAUGAUGACAAAAAUGAAAAAUGGAUUGAAGUAGAUGGUCUGAAUACAACAGAAAGAGAAGCUGAACUCCUGUUUCUAAACGAAACGUUUAUACAGGUAUGGGAAAAGCAAGAGUAA